AUGGCACACCCCAGACACGGCUCGAUGAUGUCCUUUGGAGGCGGACCUAACAACACAACACCUGCCGAAAAGCCUCCAUUCCAAAACGCUCCCGUUCCAACCGCCUCACAAUCGAGCCCCGGCCUGCGCGUACCCUCGAAUCGCAAAACCAUCUACGACAGACAUCUGAAUCGCAGCCGCAAUGCAGAGCUCAGCCGGGCUAGCUUUGCUUUCCUCUUCUCAGAGAUGGUCACCUAUGCUCAACGGCGGGUGACGGGUAUUCAGGAUUUGGAGAGACGACUAAACGAACAAGGCUACCCCCUAGGCCUCCGCCUCCUCGACCUCCUCUUCUACCGCACCAUCGCCGGCUCCUCGUCCUCAUCCUCCUCCGCCUCCGCCCUCUCAACCUCCUCCUCCACAACAUCCUCACCCCCCAACCGUCCCCUUCGCAUCCUCCCCCUCCUCCAUCUCAUCCACGGCCCCCUCUGGCGUCUCCUCUUCAACCGUCCCGCUGACGCCCUCGAACACUCCGUCUCCCCUGAUACCCCGAACGAAUACAUGAUUACGGACAAUGAUCCGAUGGUGAAUACGUAUAUCAGCGUGCCGCGAGAGAUGAGCAUGUUGAACUGUGCUGCGUUUGUCGCGGGGAUUAUCGAGGGUGUUUGUGAUGGGUGUGGGUUUGAGGCGAAGGUGUCGGCGCAUAAUCAGCCGUCGGAGAUGUGGCCGGGACGGACGGUGUUCUUGUUACGGUUUGGGGAGAGUGUGAUGGAGAGGGAGGUGGUGUUGGAAAAGGCGGGUGUUAAAUAA